AGGCGCUCCGUGACCUGUAUCAUGAAGUGGCCGAGCGUGGAUUGCCCUGGACCGAAGAGGAUGGCAACCCUUGGGAGGACAAGUCUCCGGAGGCCAAGAGGACCGCGAUCGACCAGGGCACCAGCACGACUCCAGCAUCACACACGUCUCGUGGCAUCUCAGAUGGAUCGCCUCAGGAGAGGGAAGCGGAGCUCUUAAACGAGUCGACCACUUUGGAACAGCCCAGCCAGGGAACGGGCGUAGUGGAGCCGGUGGCCUCUGAUGGUGGCGCCAGCCAGGAGAAGGGCACCUCCAUGACACCGCCCGCCCCCGUGGCCCUCGAGCCCGUCGUGCCCGCCGAGCCCAUCGUGCCCGAGACGCACCGCCCGACGCCCACGGCCAAGCGCCACAGCAUCGGCCACAGCUACAGCGCGAUGCCGGUGGUGAGAAUGCCGGUGCCCACGUUGGAGGCCACCUGGCCAAGCUCUCAUGCAGACUCCCGCGCAGAGAGUGGGCAGCCGGAACCGUUGUGGGCGAAGGAGUCCCCACCCAUCGUUGGAUCCCAAACCCUUUGGGCCACCUAUCGGGCGUCUGAGAGCGACGAAGCUCAGCUCGCCCUUGCCCAGCAGAACCUACAUCAUGCAGUCCGCGGAAUGCCUGAGAUUGCGGACAGGCUGACGCAAAGAUGGGCCAGGAAGACAGAAAGAGGUCUUCAGAACGCCCUCAGGGAGUACAAGGACGUGACGCAGCUGCCGGAGUCUCGAGCCCUACCGCAGGAGUUCCGACAGCACACACCACCACCUCCCAUGCGGAUGGAGGAGCGCGCCUUCACACCACCACCCACGCGGAUGGAAAAGUCGGCCUCGCGGGCGAGCUCACGGCCUUCUUCGGCCACGAAGGAGCGCCGAGAGCUCUCGAUCCACCAAAAGCGAAACCAUGAGGAACACCGUCCCGGCGUGCCUGGUGGCCGCACUGCGGAGCGUUCUGCAGAGCGGCAGCGCUUGGCGAAGGCCCGAGAAGGACGCGGAGCGCUGGCCAAGGAGGAGCUGGCACGGAAAGACACGCCGCGCGGAAAGCGCCCUGAGCGCGAGGAGGUUGCAAGACUAUCUCCGAAGGGAGAUCGAGAGGAGAGAGGGCCUCACCACCGGGCAGCCAAGGACCAGGUGCGCAAGAGCAGCCCGGAGAAGAAGAUGGGUGCUGUUCCCGCAGACCUCUUCGAGAUCCCCGAACAGUUGAGAGAGGCCAAGCGACGCACCGCCGAGCUGGAGUCGCAGCUGGCGGAGCUCAGGAAGCGACUUCAGCUGCAGGAGAAUCGAUCCUUAACGGCGCGCACGCUCGUGGCAUCAGCAGGCAGCUUGGCCAUCAAUCCGCCUGCCAUCGCGCUGCGGCCGGGGGAUGUCUACUACCCGCAGCCUCCAGAGCAUGGCUCCCGCACCCCCACGCGCUAUUCCUUGGGCGCGCCGGCGGGUCCUCAACAGGUGGAUACCCCAGCGCCGCAGGCUGCACCUGCGCCGCGCGCAGUGCAUGCAGUGCACGCAGUGCACGCAGCUGCGCUGACCGCACGCAGCUUGAGCCCAACACCAGCACCUGGCACCGUGAACGGCGCAUGGACCUGGCCCGGACAUCUAGGCCGCGGCGGCGCCAUUUAUGCUGCGCCUGCCGGGGUGGCUUCCCCCACGCGUGUGGCAAGCCCGGGGGCCUAUGUAGCUAGUCCACCCCGAGUGGCAAGCCCUGUACGUUUCAUCCAAGGGCAAACAGUGCCGACAUUUUGGUUCCCAAGAACUGUUUCAGUUUCACCUCAGCCAUUGCGACCACCGCAAUGGCUUGUAAUGGGCGAGCCAAAUUUGGCCAAAGAGGCCCAGAAUCCACAGCCAUGUACAGAGGGUUGGGCUCCAUUAUCUGAGCCUACUUCGACCCUAUGAAGAGAUGGCGAACAGG